AUGUACCAGCUGUCAGAGAAGCUGCAGGCGGCUGUGAUCCUCUGCUACCAGCCGCCGGGCAUGGCGCUGGAUCCAGAGACACUGGUGGCGGUCACGGGCGACGACGCACUCUGGGAGCUCAGGCGGCUUCACAUGGCGCACAUGUGCCGCACCGGCGCACCCGGCACGGGGUUUCGCGUCCGCUGCUUCGUGUUUGCUGCGAGCGAGGAGCCCCUGACACCAGAGGCGGCUCUGGGCGGCACAUGA